AUGCACCGGGACGACUCCUUGUCGGAGAUGAUGGCUGGCGAGCGUGGGCGUGGCCUCGCAGAUCUGAAAGGUUGGGAUCCCUUAGAUCGCCGGAUCGAAGUGGAAAAGAAGGAGAAGUACGGCCAGGCGCUCCGCGAUCAGAUGGCCAUGAACAGCGCCCGAGGCUCCCCCAGCCACACCAGCCGCACUGGGGAGACCGCCACAUCGCCCCUGCCACCCUCCAGGCCCAGUAGCUGUACCCGGGCUGGGGAGGUGAUCGCCUCACCAAGCUCCAUGAUGCAUGGCUCGGUGGUGACCGAUAGCUCACCUGCCAGCAAGGUGGCGCAAGUGCAGGAACUGAUGCGGCAGAGACUUCAGGCGGUACAGGAGGAACAGCAACGGCAAUGGCAGGAGGUGCAGCACGCACUCAACAGCCAGUUGCAUGCGGCGAGGGAGGCGGCAGAGGAAGCUGUGCGUCUUCAAUUUGGGGAGCUGAUUUCGGGGCAGGGUGCCGAACUGCAAGCCAUGCGAAAAGCUUUGAGUGACAUCAUGGCGGCCCAAAAGCACACUGAGGAGCAGUCAGGUCGGCAUGUGGAUGCCUUGGCUGGUGAACUGGCAGAUGCCAGGAUGGCGGUGCAGAGAUUAGAAGCUGAGUCUGGUGCUUGGCAGAGUCAACUGCAGGGCCUUAGAGGUAUGGUGGAUGAGCUGGCACGAGCCAGACAGGAACAUUCAGCACAGCAGGAUGCUGCGCAACGGGAUUUGGCAGAUGCCAGGAGCGCUAUGCAACGGCUGCAGCUGCAAAGUGAUGAUUUCCUGAAUCGAAUGCAAAGCCAAGCGCAAGAGAUGGAAAGGCUAAGAAUCGAGAAACAGGAUUGCGCAUCUGCUCAUGCUGAGUGCGCUCGCGACAGAGCUUCAUUGGCACAAAGACUUCAGGAGGUUGAGAACGGUUUGAACGAUGCUCGGCACCAGUUAAGAGAGCACGGCAUUGAAAUUGAUCGCUUGAAGGUGGCGCAUCAAGAAUGUGUGCACCGCAGCACGCAGAUUCGCCGCAGCAGCGGAUCCAGCCGCGCCAGCGGCAGCAGUGCCUUCCAGCUGCGGCUCCGCUCGACGCGCUCGACGGACCGCUCGACGGACCGCUCGACAGACCGGGUGCCCAGAGGUCGACAUGUGCUGCUGGUGCGACCACAUGCCUUGAGGGAGAAUUCCAACGCCUUCUGUUUCGAGUGUGGCACUUUUUGCAACCUGGAUAGGGCGUUAACUUCGGCAAGUGCCGUUUGCCCGGAAUGUGGAGGUGAUUUUGUCCAGUUCCUCUGGCGGGUGCAGGAGUCGAACUGGAUCUCAGCAGAUGAUCCAGGUGCGCGAGACUUUGCGUUUGAUGAUCAGUUGGAAGAUUCCAUUUCGGUCUCCUUGGCUGAGACCCCUGUGCCCAAGAAACCCACCAAAAAGAGCUUUCUACAGAGCUUGCAGCCCCUACACCUGGACCAGAGCGAGGUAGAUGCACGAAGUCGGUCUCGGCACAGCGGAGAUUGUUCGGAUCCGAAGUCGAACUGUUCCAUUUGCAGAGACGCCUUUACAGUGGGCGAUGAGCUACAUGAACUGCCUUGCCAUCACGAAUUUCAUGCCAGCUGCAUCCGGCUAUGGCUGCAGGGCAGCAACACCUGCCCGAUUUGCAGGUUGCAACUGCCAGAAGCAGAUGCGGAAGAUGAGCAGCUCGAGUCCAAGGUGCUCGUGGGGGAGGAGGACAAAGAAAGUGACAAGGAGCCCGACAAGGAGCGAACUUUGCCAUUGGAGCCAAGAGAGGAGCUUCCAGUGGAGGAAGAUGGCACCUUGGGCGAUGGCUCCGGCGAAGUGCCAGAGGAAGCGCUUGAGGAAAUGGACGUGGCUUGGCGUCUUCCUGGUGCCCUGGGAGAAGUUGAAGGGGCCGAAGAAGCACAGAGUGAAGGAUCUCAAUCGUCUCAUCCAGUUUUAAGAGGUGAAGCAAACCCUUCAGUCAGUCUGACCGAGCCAGUUCAAACUGUUAGAUGUACUUAA